AUGGCCAUCUUUGGCAAGAGAAAGUCCGAAAAGGACAAGGACAAGGACAAGGACAAGCAGCCCGGAUCCCAGAUUCAGUCCUCCAAUCCGAACAAUGGCGACAGUGUUUCCUCCAUGUCGCCUGCGAUGGAAUCAUCAAUCAAGCAAUCGCAACAACAACAGCAACACCAGCAGCAGCAGUCGCCCUACUCCAGAGAUGCUUCCGGUAUCCCUACACCAGGUAGCUCCCACAUGCAGAACAAAGGGUCUAUAUCAGGUCCUCCCAGCGGCGUCGGUCAGAUGGGCAGUGGCUUUGCUUCCCUGCCCGGCCAGCCCGGCCCUUCCGGCAUUCCAGCUCCCAACUCAGGUCCUCCCGGCGCCGCUUCCGGCUUUCGUUUCGGUGGUCCGGCUCCACGUCCUGAUGGUCUGGGUUCUGGCAUCCCUGCUCCCGGUCAAGGCUCUCUCCGCUCGCGCAAGGUGAGCGAGCAAGGCGCUCCCAUCAUACCUGGUCCUCCCGGCGGCUCCAAUUUCGGCCUGGCAAACGUCGGAAGCCCAUCAGGCGGCAGCGUCUCUGGUCUUCCUCCCGCAUCGUCCGGCCUCGACGCUGGCCCUCCUCUCACAAACUCCAACCACGUUCCAAGCCAGUCCGUAGGCGACCGCGGCCGAUCUCAGCAGGUCGUGUAUCCUUGGAGCCAGCGCGGUCUCGUCAUGAACCCACCCAAGUUCCUCGACGAGACACGCCAAGCUCCUCCCGGUGCUCUCAGCCCCUUCCCCUUCCCACGCUACGGCCACGCCGUCAACCAGGCCGCCAGUUCAACGGGCGAACUCUAUCUUUUCGGUGGUCUCGUCCGCGAGAGCGUCAAGAACGACCUGUACACCAUCUACGUCGACAAGCUCGUCUCGCAGCAACCUCCCAACUCACCGCCCGGUCAAGCUCCGGCUCCCGUUAACGCCAACUCGAUCUAUGCCAGUGCCACGCUCGUGCAGACCACGGGUGAGAUCCCGCCUCCUCGUGUCGGCCACGCCACCGUCCUUGUUUCCAACGUCCUCAUUCUCUGGGGUGGUGACACAAAGGUCCGCGCCGACGACAAGCAGGACGAGGGUCUCUACUUGCUCAACCUUAGCACCCGCGAAUGGACCCGCGUUAAAGCCGGCGAUGGUCCCGAGACGUGCCCUGUUGGAAGGUACGGCCACAGUGUUGCCAUCGUCGGCUCGCGCUUCUUUGUCUUUGGCGGUCAGGUCGACGGCACCUUCAUGAACGACCUCUGGUGCUUUGACCUCAACAGCCUCAAGGGAACCCCGACCUGGGAGUGCCUCAAGGCCAACGGCGACGCACCCCCCAAGCGAACCGGCCACGCCAGCGUCACAUUCAAGGACAAAAUCUACGUUUUUGGCGGUACCGACGGCCAGUACCACUACAACGAUACCUGGUGCUACGACAUUGCUACCAGCACCUGGAAGGAGCUCUCCUGCAUCGGCUACAUUCCUGUUCCGCGUGAAGGCCACGCCGCCUGCCUCGUCGACGACGUCAUGUACAUCUUUGGUGGACGCGGCGUCGAUGGUAAAGAUCUCGGCGAUCUGGCCAGCUUCAAGAUCACCAACCAGCGCUGGUACAUGUUUGCCAACAUGGGUCCCUCUCCCAGCGGCCGCUCCGGCCAUGCCAUGUCAACCUUCCAGAACAAGGUCGUGGUACUCGGAGGCGAAAGCUUUACGGGAGCAAAGCCAGACGAUCCUGCCAUCUUGCAUGUGCUCGACACGGCCAAGAUAAAGUAUCCCACCGACAAUGCUUCGCAGAUUAAGAGCCCUGCUGCUGGCUCCCAGCUUUCCAAGUCCAACAUCACCUCGCCUGGUUCCAUUUUUCCUGCCGGCGCUGCCGGAGCCGCCGCCGCUGGACCUACCUCACAAGCUCCUGGUCAAAUCGGUUCUGUGCGCGGCGCGAUGUCUCCUGUUGCAGAAAUCGACGAGCGCCAGAGAGCCACCUCCCCAACCGCGCGUUCAGCAUCUGGUCCCAUUCACGGUGGCACGCCUACAUCUCCUGACCGAGGUAUCAACCAGACCUUUGCAGCACAGCAACAACAGCAGCAGCAGCCGCAGCAGCAGCAGCAGACGAUCCCGGGCCCUGGCGUCGGUGCCACACAGAUCCAGCCGCAAUUCCAAGGGCAGUCGCCAGCACCGCAACAGCUGUCCAAUCAGCCUCCUUUCAAGUCGCUCCAAUCAUCGCAAUCACCUUACCAGCAGCCACCGUUUGCUGCCGCCGGGGUCAACGGCGGUCCUCCGCUCGGUGCCACCAGCCCUCCUUCGAGCAAUCAACAACAUCAGGCCCAGCUGCCUCAGCAAGUCCAAUCGCCUCAACAGACCCAGCCUCAUCCAUAUGCUCAGCACGUGGGUCCAGGUGCUGGACCCGUUGCCGCGCCUGGAUCCGGUCCGGCCCCCUAUGGCGGUCCACGCAGUCAGCGCUCUAUCGAGAACAUGCGUGCGGGAGGCGCUCUUUCGCCCACCAACAUGAACUCGAUGCGAAGCAUCAAUGGCGUCGUCAGCAAGAUGGACUCGCCUGCCACAGCGCCUCAGGACGGCUUCCACUACGGCCGUACCACCAGCCCGCCGGGGACCAACGGAUACAUGUCGCCUCAGACCGUCCCUGCUGAGGUCGAUGCGCUGCGCAAGCGAGAGGCUUGGUACAAAGCGGCGCUGGCUCUGGCUGUCAAGAAGGGCUUUGUCGAACCCGACCAGCUCAACGCAGGCGACAUCAGCAUGACCGACACGCAGAGCGUCACCUCGGAGCGCGUAAGCCUCGACGGAAUCGACACCGGUGCCGAGGGCAGCGACAAGGAUCGAGUGCUUAAGACGCUCAUAUCACUCAAAGCGCAGCUCGCCGGCGCCAAGGCCACCAUUGCGCAACAGGCGCAGGGAGAGGCGGAUCGCCACGCCGAGUCUGACCGAGCUCGCUCGGCUGCGCUGCAAGAAGCUGCCUACUACCGUGCCAAGCUGUCGGCGAUCGAGUCUGGCAAUGGCGAUGAAGUGACGCGUCUCGACCGCGAGCGCGCAAGUAAGCUCGAGAAGUCGCUGGCCGAUGCCCUCCGCGAGAGCGCUCGUUUCGAGCGCCAGGUCUCCUCGCUCCGUGAGCAGGCUAAGCUCGAGCAACAGCUCCGCAACUCGGCCGAAGAGAGGUUGUCCGAGACCGCCAAACGAGCCAUGGCAGCCGAGGCGGCUCAGAUGAAGGCGUACGACGAGCUCUCAUCUCUGCAGAAGCGCAACUACACUGCCGAGAGUGCGCUGCGCGAACACACAGAGCAGGUGACUACGCUCUCCUCGCUGGCGGCGCGCCACAAGGCAGACCACGAGCAUGCGUCCGGCCAGCUGGAGGAGGCGAGGGCCAGCGUCGCCGCACAUCUGGCAGCCCUGACGCAGCUGCAGACGGCUCACGCCGCCGUCACGACGAGAGCGGGCGAAUACGAGCGGCUGCACGACGACCAGCGCAGCCUGCUCCAACAGCAACAGCAGACGAUUGCGGAUCUGCGCGCACAGCUCGAAGCCAAGUCGAGCGAAGCUUCGAGCCACGCUUCGAGAGCUGUUGAGCUCGAGACACUUGCCAGGCAGCACCGACAGGAGGCCGAGGCGCACCGCAUGGCCGCCACAGAUGGCCUGGCGGCGCUUCUUGCCAAGAGAGACCAGACGCCGACGCGCGACCUUGGCGCUUCUGGCGCUGUGCCUGCGCAUGUCGAGGACAAGAUGAGGGCGCUCGAGGACGAGGUGGAGUCGCUGCGACAGCUGCACGCAGAUGCAUGCCAGAUGGCCGACGAGCACUCGAGCUCGCUGCAAGACAUGCAGGAUCGCCACCUCACCAUGGAGAGGCAGCACACGAGUCUGCGCUCGGAAGUGACGGCGCUUCGAAGUCAGCUCGCCGUCGCUCUGCAGGAAGCGGCGCGGCUCAAGGAUGUGGCGAGCUCCAAGGAUCUCGAGCUGCGCGACCGCAACCGCUCCAUCGAGGCAGCGCAGGUCAAGUCGAGCCUGCUCAAGCAAUUCAUGGCGGAACGCGGCGUGAGCGUGCCCAACGACGACGAGCUGAGCGUCAAGUCGGGCUAUGCCGACCGACGUAUCCGCGAGCUCGAGGAAGAGAUCGACGCGCGAGCACGAGAAAUGCAAGAAGCAGAGCACCGCCUGCAGGAUUCGGAAAGCCGCGUGGAAGAACUCACGCGCGAACUGGAGCAUCACGCCUCGCUCACGGCUAGCCGUGGCACGGCGGACAACACCAGCGUCGCUGACGCCGAGCGACGGGCACAGCUUGCGGAGCACGAGCUGGCCGAGACCACCGCCUCGUACAAGGAGAGGAUGGCGCAACUCGAGAACGACUACCAGACAGCGGUGCAAUUUGUCAAGGGCACCGAGAAGAUGCUGCGAAGGAUGAAGGACGAGCUGACCAAGUACAAGACGGAGAACGCCAGCUUGCAGAACGAGCUGGCGACGGUGCGUGCGCAUGGCGGCGGCGGACGAUUGAGCACGGACGAUGGUGCACGCUCCGAAGAGGCGGCGCGCGACAUUGAGGCGCUGCGAAGUCAUUUGGCAGAUGUCACGCAGCAGAGCGAGGAGAUUGCUGCCGAGAACCGGGAGCUGGAGCGCAAGGUGGCGCAGCUCGUCGCUGAACAGCAGCAACACCGAGGCUCCCUGGACAAGGCGCGUGAAGCGGGCACAGGAGGCUCGUCGGACGGCGUGCAAUCGGGCCGCAAGGUGACGGAGCUUGAGAGCGAGGUGGCACGGCUUCAAGCAAGCUUGCAAGAGUCGCGCAAGGAGGUGGAGAAGACGCUCGAGCUCAACGAGCAUCUUCAGAAGCAGAUCAGUUCGAGCCCAGUGCCCAAGGGCCACGAGGAAGGCGGAGGCCAUGACUCGACAGCGUUGACGCAGUCGCUCAGCGCAGCACAGACGAGCAACGAGCAGCUGAAACGCGACAAUGCCAACCUGACGCAGCGAUUGCAGGAGCUGGACGACAAGUUCCAGCUGCUGCUGGGACGCAUCGAGUCGACGCACGAGGACGGCGGGGAGCGGGUCCGCGACAGCAUGGCGUACGGCAGCAUCGCGUCGGAGCUGGACAAGUGGGAGCGCGACCGCUCUCUGGGAGAGGCGGACGCGUAUGGACUUGGCGGACAGCAACAAGCAUCGCAUGCGUCGGCGACUUCGCAGCUGCCAUCCGCGGCCCCGCCGCUGUCGAGUGCUGAAGCAUAUGCCACCAAAGCAGAGCACUGA